AUGACAGAUCCCCGAAUCACAAGUAACGAGGCUUUCGAUUUGAACGCCAAAGCCGCCACGAAAGAAUACCAAGUCGAUCCUAGAUUGGACUACAGAACGGUCUCUGCAGUCAAUGGUCCACUCGUCAUCCUCGAUAACGUCAAGCUCGGCCAGUACAACGAAAUCGUUCAGCUCACUCUCCCAGAUGGCUCGAAACGUCGUGGCCAGGUCUUGGAGGUCUCUGGUAAGAAGGCCGUCGUACAAGUUUUCGAAGGUACCUCUGGUGUUGAUACUAGAGACACCCAUAUUGAAUUCACUGGCUCGUCGAUGAAACUCCCCGUCAGCGAGGACAUGCUUGGUAGAAUAUUCAACGGCUCUGGUCAGCCUAUUGACAAUGGACCAAAGGUGUUUGCUGAGGACUAUCUUGAUAUCAAUGGUUCGCCGAUUAACCCGUACUCACGUAUUUAUCCGGAAGAAAUGAUUCAAACUGGUAUCUCAACUAUUGAUACUAUGAAUUCAAUCGCCCGUGGACAAAAAAUACCUAUAUUCUCAGCAGCUGGUUUACCUCACAAUGAGAUUGCUGCUCAAAUCUGUAGACAAGCAGGUCUCGUCAGUGGUCCCGCCAAAGGUCCUUCUAAGGGUAUACACGAUGAUCACGAAGAAAACUUCUCUAUAGUUUUCGCCGCUAUGGGUGUGAACAUGGAAACUGCAAGAUUCUUCAAGCAAGACUUUGAAGAGAAUGGUAGUCUUGACAGAGUCACUCUCUUCCUCAACCUUGCUAAUGAUCCAACGAUUGAGAGAAUUAUUACUCCACGUCUCGCACUCACCACUGCUGAAUAUUAUGCUUAUCAGUGUGAGAAGCACGUCCUUACCAUCUUGACAGACAUGUCUUCAUACGCUGAUGCUUUGAGAGAAGUUUCAGCUGCUAGAGAAGAAGUUCCAGGUCGUAGAGGUUACCCAGGUUUCAUGUAUACUGAUUUGGCAACAAUAUAUGAAAGAGCAGGUCGUGUAGAGGGUAGAAGCGGAUCUAUCACUCAAAUUCCAAUUCUCACUAUGCCUAAUAACGAUAUCACUCACCCAAUUCCUGAUUUGACAGGAUAUAUUACGGAAGGACAGGUAUUCAUCGAUCAACAACUCAAUAACAAGCAAAUUUACCCACCGAUUAACGUGUUACCAUCGUUAUCUAGGUUAAUGAAGUCCGCAAUCGGUGAGGGUCUUACACGUAAGGAUCAUGGAGAUGUUUCAAAUCAGUUGUAUGCAAAAUACGCUGUUGGUAAAGAUGCAGCAGCAAUGAAGGCAGUAGUUGGUGAGGAGUCGCUUAGUACAGAAGACAAGCUCGCAUUGGACUUUUUAGAUAAGUUUGAGAGUCAAUUCGUCAACCAAGGAGCAUAUGAGGAUAGAACAAUCUUUGAAUCGCUGGAUCUUGCAUGGGAUUUACUGCGUUCAUUCCCUAAGGAGCAAUUGAACAGAAUAUCACCAAAGAUACUGAAUGAAUACUACGAGAAAAAGGAGAAGCAGGAAACACAAGAUGAAAAGAAGCAUAAAGGUGUUGUUGAUAGCGUCAAGAAUGAUCAAGACCUGAUUGACGUUUAA